AUGGGUGAUAAUCAUCUAAAAAGCCCUGGGCCUGUCAAUUUAAAGUCAGGUAAUAUUCAGAAGUCAUGGGAAACUUUCAAGCAGAAGUUUGGAUUCUUCUUAACCGCAAUUGGAAAGGCUAAAGCGGCGUCGGAUGUUCGAUGCGCACUCCUGAUGGGAGAGGCCGGGGAUGAAGCUUUGGAGGUUUAUAAUGCCUUUAAAGAUAAGCUGAUAUCCAAAACAACCAACGAUCAAGGAGAGGAGGUCAUUGAACAUGACUAUACAAACAACUAUGACAAGGUUGUUGAGCAGUUUGACCUCUAUGCGGCGGAGAAAAAAUGCAUUACGGGUUGUCGUGAACUGUUUAAUGCGCGAAAUCAAAAAAAGGAGGAAACGUUUUCCAACUGGCUAACAGAUUUGCGAAACUUGGUGAAAGACUGUGAGUACGCAACUAUUGUUGAUAGUAUGCUGAAGGACAGAAUUAUAUGGGGUGUCUGGGACAAGAGGUUAAGAGACACUCUGAGAUCCAAGUCAAAUCAGAGUUUAUCUGAUAUUAUUGAUCUGUGCAAGGCAGUUGAAGCUACGGCACGAUAUCCGAAGUUGAAUGGUGAUAACGAUAAUGCCCAAAAUGUCGAGGCUAUCCAGUCAUUCAACAAAAACCGUAGCAAGAAUGGCAUUCCCUCUCAACCCUACCAAAAGAACAAAGGUGGAGGAAAGAUGAAAAAUUCACAGUACCACAACCGACCCGGUCCAGGCUAUAAAUCAAAGAGGAAUGGAUCACAACAGGGAGAAAAUUCAGGAUCAAGGAAAAACAACCAACAGUUGUUUAAAUACAAGUGCAGAAAAUGUAAUAGAGUGCAUGAGGCGGGCAACUGUCCGGCUUAUGGCCAAAUUUGCUCUGCUUGUAAUGGAAAAAAUCACUGGGAAGUUGUGUGCCGUAACAAAGGACAACAAAAUGCUGGCAAUUUUAAAAAGCAAAGUAAGGUUGACAGUCUUGCUACUGUGACUAAUCAACUUCAAGAUUGCUUGCUUAGCUCGUGGACAGAUGAUGGUGCGAGUACCAGGUAUGUACAUAUGUUAACUGCUGUUAAAAGAAAAAAUGAAAUUAUUGUCAGUGGGGAGAGUAAAAGACCUAGAAAAGAAUACACUGAGGUAUUAAAACUUCAGGGGGUUCACUUUGUAAAAUUUAAGUUGGAUCCUGGGUCUGAAGUAAAUAUUCUGCCAUUUCAUGUUUUCCAAAUAAUUGACAAAGGGUAUACUGUCAAUCCCACUAACACCGUGCUGAAGGCUUAUGGGAAUGUUUUAAGCUCACCUAAAGGUACAGUAAGGUUGAGUGUUGAAACAAAAUAUGGUGGCAAAAUGAUUUGUGAGUUCCUACUCUCUACAAUUGAUCCUAGACCAAUUCUUGGUAUAGAAGCAUGUGAAAUUUUAAAUCUGGUAAAAAGAGUUGAACAUCAGUCUAAAGAUGUGAAAACUGUCACAGUGAUGUCUCAGUUACUGCCAGAGUCUAAAAUUGUGUUCCUAGAAAAAUACAAGGAACUAUUCACAGGUCUGGGUGAGUUCAAAAAUAAAGUAAAAAUUACUGUUGACCCCAAUGUUACACCUGGAAUGUGCCCUCCUAGAAGGUAUCAUUUUUCAGUGAAUGAUAGACUUAAAACUAAACUGGAAAGUUUAGUACAAAGAGGUAUUGUGGCCAAAGUUACUGAUGAAAUUCCAAAAUUUGUUAGUAAUUUGGUAAUUAGAGAAAAAAGUGAUGGUGAUUUAAGAAUUUGUCUUGACCCGGAAUUGCUGAAUCAGGCAAUAGUCAGACAAAAAUAUGUAAUUCCAGAUGUUGAUAACUUGUCAUGUCAGGUUAAAGACAUGGAGGUUUUCACAGUGUUAGACCUGAAAGAAGGGUUUUGGCAUGCUACAUUGGAUGAUGAGUCAAGUCUUCUGUGUGCAUUUGCUACCCCUCAUGGAAUUUACAGAUUCUUAAAAAUGCCAUUUGGGUUGAAGUGUGCACCUGAAAUAUUCCAGUUUAUGACUGAAACAGUAUUUCAGGGUACAGGCGCAAUAGUAUAUUUUGAUGAUUGUCUUAUAGCAGGUAAAGACUAUGAGGAUCAUGAUCUAAAACUUCAAAAAGUAAUGGAGAAGGCCAAAGAGCAGAAUGUUAGGUUUAAUCCUGGUAAAAUUCAGUACAGACAAAAAGAAGUAAAAUUCCUGGGACACUUGUGGUCAAAAAAUAAAACCAAAGUGGAUCCAGAAAGAGUUCGAGCAAUAAAAGCAAUUAAAGAACCAAAAACAAAAACACAACUCCAAAAAUGUUUGGGUAUUUUUAACUAUCUGAGAAAAUUUAUUCCUCAGAUGGCUACAAUUGCUGCUCCACUCUAUGAAUUGCUGUCUAAUGCUGUUCUUUAUAAAUGGAUGCCUACACAUGCAAAAGCUCUUCAAACUCUAAAAGAAAGUAUUUCAAAGGCCCCUGUCUUGGCUACAUUUGAUAGCAAAAAGCCAAUUAUAAUUCAAGCGGAUGCCAGCCAGUAUGGACUGGGCUGCUGUCUCUUGCAAGAUAAAAAACCUGUAGUUUUAGAUUCCAGAAUUCUCACUGAAACAGAAAAGAAUUAUGCUCAGAUUGAGAAAGAAAUGCUGGCUUUGUGCUAUGCUGCCCAUAAUUUGGUUGAUUGGUCGAGCGGGCGCAAGUAUGAGAAAUCGCUGCGGCAGAUUUUUGCAGCUAACUUUAAAAUAUAUUCUGCCGCCUUCACUCUUGGUCUCCGAUUGCGAUGA